UCCGUUCUCUUUCUCUACCAUCUCUCUACUGCCCUCAACCGAAGCGCCGCUCACGCCCUCGCCCACCGGCCGCGGUCACGCCUCUCCUGCCGGCCUCCGCCACGCCUCUUCCGCCGGUCGAGUUUUAAGUCAAGGUGUGCUGCAGCAUACAGUGGGAAUAAAAUUAAAACAAAUAACUUAAUUUGUAACGAUGCCGUGCCGAACACACCCACGGAGGCCGCCGCCCUUUCUCGAACGUCUCUCUUCAAAUAUGGAUCUUUUUCUAUUGGAACCAAAAAAAGAGAAUUUGUGGCUAUUUUGGUUCAAUAUAUGGAGAUGUUAAAUGAAAUGACAUUUUUGUUCAUUUUUAUUAUAUUUGUAAUUAUUAGUAAGCGAUGUUUGCGUAGAAAUAGAUGGAGUGAGAGUUCUUAUCGCCGACAUCAUAUACGCCAAUUAAAUUACCAUCGAUUGCACAUGGAUACUGCAAGUAUUGGCGGUCCUAGCACACAAUCAUCUUCAACACCAUUAACAUCAGGAAGGAAAAAGAGAAAGAGAUCUCAAAGUGAAGAUGUAUUGGUUGAUGCUUUAACUGAGACAAUACAUAAGUUUUCUAAUAUGUAUGCUAUGGCUGGUGAGAAUAUUGGUAGGCUUGCUAAUUGCUUUCAAUACGAGGCUGAUAGUGCUGCAAGGAGGAUGCAGGUGUUUGAUGAAGUGAAGAAGGUAGAAGGACUAACAAAUGCACAACGAGUACGAGUCGGAAAACUUCUUGUACAAAACCAUGACUACACCAAUUAUUUCUUCACGUUAGAUGAUGAAUUUAAGUUAGAUUUUCUUCUAUCUCUUUUAGAAUGAGUUAGGUUGAAGCUUUUGGUAUUAUAUUUACAAACUUGACUAUGUGGUCUAAUAUUUAGAUCUUUUG